CGUCUCUCUCCCUUAGACGUCGACCGUCGCAGCAGCGCAACGUGCUGCCUUUACCUUUGUGCGACAGCCGGCUUAAGGGGCUGAGGAACCAUGAGCGCUGCUCAGAUUCAGAUAAUCCUUUCAAAUGUGGAUAGCUUCAGUGGGCUCAUCGGCCAGACGCUUUCAGCGGACAACGCAACCCGUCGCAACGCCGAGGACCUGUACGCGCAGCUUAAGCGGCAGCGCCCCGAUGCUUGUGCCACAAUCUUGCUCCAGUUGAUGCGCACAACGGGUGAUGCUCGUGUGCGCGCAACGUGCGCUGUGUUCUUGCGAAAGUUCUUCAAGCCUGGACACAAGGAGGCUGGCUGGGAUCAGCUCAACGGCAGCACCAAGGCUCUUGCGAAGCGCGAGCUGUUGGCCGCACUAGAUGCCGAGGUCGACCGCACCACCGCAAAGCAGAUUGCGGACGCCAUCGUAGAGCUUGGGCAGCAGAUCCUGGCCGGCAAGAAGGCGCAGUCCGUUUGGUCCGAGUUGUUGACCUCCCUGCAGCAGUGGCUGCAGGGCGGUUCGUCUGCCGUGGCGCGUGAGGCGGCACUGCAGGUGGCUGCAGGCCUGGCUCUCCACCUGCGGUCCUUCUCCGGCCAGCUGGCGCCGGUGGUGACGGGCUGCCUGGGGCCGCAGAAUGACCCGGCUGUGCAGCUCGCGGCGCUGCAGGCCGUUACGUCGUAUCUUGAGGUGCUGCGCAAGCCCGUUGAGCUGCGGCCCUACCAGGCGGCGUUGGCCGGCGGGCUGACGGCGCUCCAGGGUAUGCUCGCCGCGGGCCACAUGGAUGCAGCUGAGAAGACACUUGUCGCACUUAUCCGGACCGCCGAGUGCGAGCCGGGCAUGUGGCAGCCGCAUGUGCGCACCGCCGUACCCGGCAUGCUGGCGCUGGCUGGCCCCGCCCCCGGCAGCUCGGCCCCUGCUCUGCCGGAGGGCCUUCGCAAGCUAGCGGCGGAGUUUGUUAUGACGCUAACCGACAUCAAGCCCCAGAUGAUGCAGGGCGAGCUGGGCGCGGGUCCUCUGGCGGCGCAGUUGGUUGCCUGCUUUGCACGGUUCCUGGUCUCCGGUGUGGAGGACGACGAGAGCUGGGGCAGCGACCCCAUGGCCUCACCCGACAUGCCCGAGGAUGAGACGAUGGGCGACCUGCACCAGCAUGGCCUGGAGUGCGCCACCCGUGCCGCCGACGCCCUGGACUCUGCGGCCGUGCUUCGCGCCGUGGUGGACAUGACCACUGCCUGGGCGCGUGACGGCAGCGACUGGCGCCGGCGCCACGCGGUGCUGCUGUGCCUGUCGCAAGUGAUCGGCUCGUGCAAGGAGGUUGUGGGUGAGGGCGAGCUGGCCUCCCUGGCAGCGCUGCUGGCGGACUCUCUGCGCGACCCGCACCCCCGCGUGCGCUGGGCCGCCUGCCACGCUGUCGGCGUGCUGUCGGACGAGCUGGGUCCCGGUCUGCAGCUGCAGUCGGGUGGUGGCGGCUCGGCGCUGCUGCGGGGCCUGGCUGAGCUGCUUGUGCAGCCGGAGAGCCCCGUGUGCCCGCAGAGGGUCAAGGCUCAGGCGUGCCGGGCGCUUGUGGGUUUCCUGGAGGGCCUUGAGAAGGACGAGGCGGAGGAGGCCGUGGAGGGCGGCAAGGAGGCGCUCGGGCAGCGGGUGCGGGAGCUGCUGUGCCCCUUCCUGGAGCCGCUGUCGGGGCCGCUGCUGGCGGCGGUGCAGCGGUGCGCCGCGGGAGAGGGCGGCGCGGUGGCGGGCGGCAGCGCCUUGGUGCCCACCCCGCUGCAGGAGUUCAGCCUGGACGUCCUGACGCACCUCGCCGUGUGCCUGGGGAAGUCCUUCGCGCCCAUCUUCCCAGCGGCCAUGCCGCACGUCCUCGCCGUUCUAGGCCGCGCAGCGCCCUUCCACGCCGCCUCCGCCACCGCCUCUGGUUCCGUCACGGAGGAGGAGGCCUCGGCCAUUGUCCGUGUCCAAGUGGGUGCGCUGGAGUGCGCCGCCUUCAUGUGCCGCGCCGUGGGGCCCGGCCCCGUGGCCGAGCACGUGCCCGCCCUGGCCGCGCUUCUAGGACUGCUCGCGCGUCCUGACCUGGAGCCCGCCAGCCCGCUGCUGGUGCCGCUGCUGGGCGCGGUGGAGCCGCUGGUUGCCUGUUUGGGCGCUGAGAUGCGGCACCUGUUGGGGCCCGUGCUGCCGCUGUUGGUGCAGUGGGCGUCCAAGGAUGUGGGCUUGCAGAAUGCCGAUGUGGAUGAUGAGGACGCGGCGGAGGAUAGCGAAGGCGCCGAUGGCUCCGACGCCAAGGACAGCGACAGCGACGCCGACUCUGACGACCGCGACGACUCGGACGUGGCCUACCUGUCGUACGACGGAUGCUCGUACCGCUGCUCGUCCAGCAUCCUCGCCGCCAAGGCCGCCGCCGUCAGUGCCCUGGAGGAGCUGGCUGACAAGAUGGGCCCCGCACUGGCUCCGCAGGCGCCCCUGGUGGCUGAGGCGCUGGUGCCGCGACUGCUGGAGUACCCCCUGGAUGAGGUGCACCUCAUUGCUCGGCGCUCCCUGCCCGUACUGCUGCGGAACUACCUGGCCGCCCUCACCUCGGGCGUCCUGCCGCCCUCGGACCCGGCCGCCAGCCCCGCCACCGCGCAGGCAGUGCUGCACCGCAUCUGGCAGGCGCUCACGGCCGCCAUCAACCCCGAGUCAGUGGAGGCGCCCCUGCCGCUGCAGCCCCCUAGCGGCACUCGCCGCCCUGCGCCCACGUCAUCCACCCGUGCCGACAUGGUGGAGGUUCUGACCCGCGUGGUGGACUGCGUGGAGGGUUCCAUGCUGCAGCAGUCCUGGGUGGCGGAGGCCUUUGGGGCGCUGCAGGCGGCCCUGGCGGCUGUGCAGGCGGAGGCGCAGGCGGACGGCACCUCUGACAGCGACGAGGAGGAGGACAAGAGCAUGGAGGGCGACGGCAGUGUCGAUCUGGAGGCGGAGGGCUCGGGCGCAGACGACGAGGACGACGAGGAGGAGGAGGAAGAUGACUCGGAGGAGGCGGAGGAGAGUCCCGAGGCGGCUCGCGAGCGGCUGCGGGCCCAGGUGGAGGCCUGCGUGGCGGCCUUUACGCGCAAGUACGGAGACGCGGUGGCGGCCAUGGCGCAACAGGUGCUGGCGGCGCAGCGGCCCGAGCAGCAGCGGGAGGCGGUGGUGGCGGUGCGCAACGGAAUGGUCGCGUAAUGGGUGCGAGGCGUGGUUGGGGGAUUUGGGGGUAAGUGCGGCGAUACCGGUAGAUCGCGUUCGGAGGUGUGGUGGAGUUGGUAUGGAGUAUUGUCUCGCUGGAGGGGCACUGUCGCAGGCUUGCAGGAGGGGCUGUGCUUGGCUGUAGGUUUUGCUGGGGGGCUUUGCCGCAGAGACUUUUGCUCGCAGUGUAUUCGUGAUGUAGAUAGAAGUGUUCAGCUUUACUUACGGUGCGAUCUAUCAGGCGGUAGGCAGUAGAAUCCAAAUGACGCUUUGGCGAUUAGCCAGUGAUCGUAGUGAAAGGGUAAGAACAAUCCUUUGAGCACAGCAUUUUGAAGUGUGUGGCUACUUACGUCGGUCCUCACCAACGUUAGGUACUCGACUAACAGACUGACUGACAGAGUAACAACAACGGGACCUCCCACGGUCCGGAGCUGUUCACAUGAAACACCUCUCCAUUUCUAAAUCCC